UCAAAAAGUCUAUAAGCACCUUCUUGAGUAACUGUUCAUGACAUAUGUCACCGUGACAUUAAAAAUAUAAGUAUGAGGACCAUCAGACAUUUGUAAUGUUUUUAAAUCUUUUUUAAAUUAAAAUGCAUUCAACUGGGCUACCACGAACCUGUCUUGGCUUCACCAAUUUACUUUUCUUCAUAUUUGGUAGUGUUGGAUUGCUGAUUUGUGUCUGGUGUGCGAUAAACACAGAAUUUUUUAAGGAUGUAAAUUAUACAAUUACCAAAAGCUCCUUCGUAUCAAGUAUAGCCAACUUCGUGAACUUAAAACUAUGGCUUACUCCCAUGACGACAAUUCUAAUACCAAUCGCUGGUUUGGCUAUGUUAACAUCGUGUUGUGGGCUCCUAGGAGCUGGUUGCAGAACCAAAUGUGCGAUAAAAUCAUACAUAUUCCUUGUAACGGCGUUAUCGUUAUCAACUUUUUGGCUCUUCUUCGUAUUUGGUGUUCAUAAUAUAUACACAGACAAUGCGAAAACAAGGAAUUAUCUGCGAUCAACGUUAAAGACUUACUAUGGCAAUGAAAAUGAUUUUAUAACUCAUAUGUGGGAUUAUGUUAUGGUGGAAUACAAAUGUUGUGGUGUAAACAAUUAUAAGGACUUUGUAGAUUCAGCGUGGCAAAGGAAUAAUAUGGAUAAAUUGUACCCUAUACAUUGUUGUGUGAUGGAUAAAAACUUCGUCCCGGUAUCGAAGGCGUGUACCCAAACACUAGAUGUCCAAGCAUACGCCCAUAUCGGGUGUUUUGAUGCUUUACGGCAGUCUAUUAAAGAUAACAAAGGAUUGAUUAUAUUCUAUAUAUUUCUGUUGCUCAUAUCGUAUACAGCUGUGAUAUUUUUCGCAUUUUGUAUAAUUCGAGGUGAACCGCUAUUGGGUAUAGUAGAACCGGUCUCUUUUAUCCCAAAACACAUAGACAACGUGGAGAAUAUAACUCGAAAUUCUUCGCUCGAUAACAUGAUGUUUGUUGAAGAACCACCGAAGAAGGUAGUAAGAGUCGUCUCGGCGAUCAACCCGGCACAAACAUACAAGUUCACGCCGAAUAUGUAUAGUGGGAGUUAUCCUCAGACUAUAAGAAGUCAUACAUUACAAUAAAACGUUAAAACUC